UGCUUGAAUCAGCUGACCGGGCCUAACCCUAAGGUUGUGUGUUUUUUUUAAUUUAUAGAUACAAUAUGAUUUUAAAACUUUUUGAUGUCAGUGCAUCAAUGAACAUCGUGGAGAGUGGUAACAAUGCUAAACAGACAACUUUGCUUUCACCAAGGUGAUACUGAAUGUUUAGUUCAGUAUAAGUUUUUAGUACAUGUGGAAUGGUUUUUAAACAGUGCUCUUUGGAAAGAAUGGAAUCAUCACGUAUUUUAACUAUUGAAUGGGAUAUGAUGGACAAGAGUAGGUUUUUCUCCCUUAACCUUGUUAAUUCCUUUUUUCUUCGUGCCACUUUGUACCCCUUCACUGUCAUCAAAACUCGUCUCCAGAUUCAGAAACACCGUGAUGUCUACAGAGGAACAUAUGAUGCAUUCAAGAAAAUACUCCAUUAUGAAGGGUUUCAUGGGCUGUACAAAGGUUUUUGGAUCAAUACUAUUCAGAUAGUGUCUGGUGUAGGCUACAUUAUAACAUAUGAAAAGGUACGUCAUCUCUUGACUUUGUAUGCUAAUAUUGAAGAUGGAAGAUUGAAAGGCUUGAUAGGUGGAGGCUGUGGUUCGUUAGUUGGACAGACCAUCAUUACUCCAUUUGAUGUGGUAUCCCAACACAUGAUGAUGCUUGGUCAAAAAAGUGGCUCUGGUGUCAAGAGUGCAGAGGCAGCCAACUUACUCAAUAUUGACUUUAACCAGAAACACAGAAGGUCUGUUGUAGCUUCCAUAAUAAAUGAACUUUACAGAAAAGAUGGACUGAAAGGGUUUUAUCGAGGGUAUUUUGCUUCUUUGUGCACUUAUGUUCCUGGUAGUGCUCUCUGGUGGAUGUUUUAUCCUUUAUAUUCAGAAUGGUUAGCAUCCCUCUUGCCUGUGGCAACAUCUCAUCUGCUGAUUCACUGCAUGGCAGGACCAAUGGGUGGCAUAAGUGUUUGCUUUAUUACCAACCCAUUAGACAUAGUAAGAGCUAGAAUACAGGUUCAACGAAUGGACUCUUUCCUUGGAACUUCAAUUUUAUUAUGGAAAGAGGAAGGAUUCAGAAUAUUCACAAAAGGUGUUUCUGCUCGAUUAGUGCAGAGUAGCAUCUUUUCAUUCUUGGUUGUGCUAGGUUAUGAAACAUUGAAGCGAUGGAGUGUUCAUGAUCAGUAUAAAGACCAAAUUCGGUGGUGAUAAACACCAUUUUAGUUCAGCUAAUUAUUUUAUAAGGAUAAUUAAAAUUGUCUGACAUGUAUAGUUGAUUUUAAGUAAUAUAUAUUGUUAUAGAUUGUAUUUUAUUUAUGUUACUAUUACUCAGGGUCAUUGUUUAAUAGAAAUUUGAAUUACUUUGUUUGUUAGUGUUUGUGUAAGAAAAAUACAUCUAAUGCAAAAAAAAGAUAUUUCCUUCAUUAUUUAAUCAGCAAUAGUGUAGAUUAAUGAUGAAAAUGUCCAUAUGUUAUGAAAACAUGCUGUGUAUUAUUUUAUACUUUAUGCUCAAACAAUUAUUAAUUGAAUCUAUGGUUGUUUUACGUGAAAUUAGUUCAAAUGCAAGUUCAUUUUCCAGCAUUUCAUUUUGUGGCAGUGGCAACUGGAAACUAUUAAUUUGUUCUACAUAACUAUAGUGUGUGGGCUGAGCCUUGGUAUUCUGUUAUCUGAGAAUGUAUGAUACUGUAUAUUCUGAGUUUUUAUAUCAAGGAAUACAUUAUGCCAAUAAAAGUAAUGUGUAUUCUGAUUUUAUAUCAAGGAAUACAUUACACCAAUAACAGUAAUGCUUACAGUAUUCUGAUAUUAUAUCAAGGAAUACAUUACGCCAAUAACAGUAAUGUUUACAGUAUUCUGAUAUUAUAUCAAGGAAUACAUUACGCCAAUAACAGUAAUGUUUACAGUAUUCUGAUUUUAUAUCAAGGAAUACAUUAUGCCAAUAACAGUAAUGUUUACAGUAUUCUGAUAUUAUAUCAAGGAAUACAUUAUGCCAAUAACAGUAAUGUUUACAGUAUUCUGAUUUUAUAUCAAGGAAUACAUUAUGCCAAUAACAGUAAUGUUUACAGUAUUCUAAAUUUUAUAUCAAGGAAUACAUUAUGCCAAUAACAGUAAUGUUCACAGUAUUCUGAUUUUAUAUCAAGGAAUACAUUAUGCCAAUAACAGUAAUGUUUACAGUAUGCCAAUGGUGAUUACUUUACUACCAACUGAACAAUUUAAUAUCCAAAGCAAGUUAUCUUCUAAGUUGAAAAUAAAAGAAUCCAUAUUUGUUUUAUUUUCAAACAACUGAAAAUUAACAAACAGCAGUUAGUACUUAUAAACUUCUAUGCAAAAGCAAGUGAAUUUUUAUAAAUUGUAAAAUGUUAGGUUGGCAUGGACAAAAAAAUAAUAAAACCUGCUUAACAUGAACUGAACUGAAAGAAGCUAUGCUCCUGUUGCUACUGAAAAUAUACCAUGUAAUUUGUUUAAAUUUUACUUUAUUUACUAUUUUAAUGUCUGUAGGAAAUCAUCAUGGUUAAUGUUAAAAAAAGUGUUUUUCAUAGCAUUUUAGCUUAGUCAUUCAUAGGUACUUUGCAGCCUUUAUCAUCAAAAUCCAAAUGUUAAAAUGAUAUCUUAGAAUACUUUAUAGAACAAAUAUGAAAUUUUAACCAAUUAGUAUACUUCUACAGAUUCAUCAGUAUAAGGUUUCUAAUUUUUCUUGUGCAUAGGUAGAGUCUUACUUAAGGUUUUAACUUGCUUCUAAAACUGCUGCUGUUGAAUUUCAAUUAAUGUAAUAUUGUUGCAGUGUUUAAUUGAAAAAAAAAAGUUAAUUGUUAGAAUUUUUUUUUAUUUGCUGACUUAAAAGAAAUUGCUACAGUUUAAGCUCAUUUAAACCAAUGUUUGCUCAAAAGAAUGUUGUAUGCUGGUGUAAAGACUUCUGUACAGUAUGUUAAUGAUAGAAAAUACAAACUUGAAACUCCAAGUGAUGUUGAAGGAGUUGACAUUUUAACCAACAGUUCAUAUUUCUGAGGAUAUAAGAGAAAAGAAAAUUACACGAUAAGGGAUAUUGAAACAAACAUUAGGUUUAUAUGUCAAAAUCCCUCUUCAUAUUUAUAAAUUAUUGAGGAGUGUGAACUUAUUUUAGAAUUCUAUGAUUAUUUUCUUUAUAAACCAGAAAAUAAUUAUAAUGGUUCUUCUAAGUCUUGCAAAAAUAUACAUUUUCAGCUUAGGAUAAAUUAUAUUAUCAAGUAAUCACUAGAUUUUAAUAUCAAAAUAUGUAUUCCAUCUUGAUACUUUGGCAGGCACUUCAAGAACUAGGUUCUUGAUCUAGUUUUGAUGUGGAAAUGUAUAGGAAGAGUGAAAAUUGAUGUAUGAAAUAUAGUACAUCAUCGUAAUGAAAAACGCUUAAUGUUUAACAAAACAGAUUUGUAAAAAUGAAGUAAUAAAAUAACUAUAAAUAUUUUACAAUAAAUGACAAGUCAGUAAAAAUUGGGCAUUUCAAAGUAAACAUAUGAAACUUAUUUAGUUUAUGGAAGGGCUGCUGUGACAAAUCAGCAGAUUAAAAUCAAAUUCUGUAGACAAAAUAUAUUUUUGAAACAUUUAAAAACAAAAAAAAAUAUUUGUGACAAAUCAAAAAAUAUCUUUCAAUACUUCAAAAAUAAUUUAAUAUUAAAUUG